UUGGAUAUUUUCACCGCCCCGUCGUAGUGAACUUGUGACCGGGAUGGGGAAGGAGCAGGAGCUGCUGGAAGCCUCCCGCACCGGGAACGUCGCCCUGGUGGAGAAAUUGCUGAGUGGGAAGAAGGGGCUGCUGGGGUCCGGCUCCGGCUCCAUCCCUCUGCCCAACCUCCUGAGCAUGUGGAAGGGCCUGAACGUGAACUGCACCGACAGCACGGGGUACACACCUCUACACCACGCCUCCCUCAACGGCCACAGGCAAGUGGUGCUGAAGCUGCUCCAGUUCGAGGCGUCCUCCGACCUGCCUGACAGUAAAGGCUGCUUCCCGCUGCACCUGGCCGCCUGGCGGGGGGACGUGGACAUCGUCCGCAUCCUCAUCCACCACGGACCCUCGCACUGCCGGGUCAACCAACAGAACCACGAGAGGGAAACGGCGCUUCACUGCGCGGCCCAGUACGGACACUCGGAGGUGGUUUCGGUGCUGCUUCAGGAGCUGACCGACCCCACCACGAGAAACAGCCAGCAGGAGACCCCCCUGGACCUGGCAGCGCUGUACGGACGGCUGCAGGUGGUGCGCAUGCUGGCGAGCGCUCACCCCAACCUCAUGACCAGCCACACCCGCCGGCACACUCCGCUCCACCUGGCUGCACGCAACGGACACCACAGCACCGUCCAGACGCUGCUGGAGGCCGGCAUGGACGUCAACUGUGUGACGGAGAACGGCAGUGCCCUCCACGAGGCGGCUCUCUGCGGGAAGAUGGAUGUAGUUCGCCUCCUGCUCGACUCAGAGAUCGACACCAAUCUCAGAGACAGCCAGGGAAGAACAGCUCUGGAGAUCCUGAGAGAGCAUCCCGCACCAAAAGCCCAGCAGAUCACUGCUCUUAUCCAGGAAUAUAUGAUGGACGAGAUGGAGAUGGAGAUGAGGAGCAUUUUGGAGGAGCCUGUUCGCAAGUGUCCCAUCCCUGCACCUCGGACCUCUGUUGGCUCGCCCUCCGCCUCCCCCUCCCUCAGACACAAGAAUGACGCCGUGACGAGCGAGCUGUCCAAACUGCUCCACGAGAUCAAGAAGUGCCGGGACAGGGACUACUCCUUCGAGGAGCUCUGCCACACCAUCUCCUCCCACUCCAUGGACAGCUUUGGCAGCGGGCGGCUCUCGGACGAGGAUCGACCCAACGGCACCCCGACCCGAGUCAAGCGUCCGACCCCGCCGCUCGCUGUGGCGCUGGAGGAGGAGGAGGCGGAGAAGAGUUGCGGCCCCACUGGAUUCUGGGAGGCCCUCACGCCCUGCAACGGCUGCCGCAACCUGGGCUUCUCCAGCCUAUCACAGGAUUCAAAGCGCUCCGCAGAGAACGUGGCCUCGCCGUCGCUGGACGUCUUCCUGCCGGAGGACGAGGACAACCCUCACGAGUCCGUGACCACGGCCGUCACGCGGAAGCCCUGCUCGCUAGACAUCAGCUACAGGCUCAACGCCUGUCCACGCAACGGUCACCUGUCCCAUGUAACUGUGAGUGAGGGGGAGCACGGUAACCAUGGCAACAGUUUGACGGGACCCGCUCCAGACUGCUCCCCGCCGUCCCCCGACACUGCCCUGAAGAACAUUGAGAGAGUCAUCCGCCCACAGCCCAAGCAGCGCACCUCUCUGCCUUCGUCCCUGGACGUCCAGCGGCCGGUCAACCACAGCUGUGAGCCCAGCGAGGUGAGCUCGUCCCUGGGCUACGCCAGCUUCAGCACCAGCCCCCCCGCCAGCCCGCCGCUCAGCCCCAACCAGGAGGACUCCGCGGGCUCCAACGACGACUGUCAGCUCACGGACGACGGGCCGUACCAGCGAGACCCUCCUCCGCCUCCUCCUCCUCCUCCUCCUCCUCCUCCUUCUUCUUCUUCAUCCUCCACCCCCGGCGCUCUGUUGGAGGAGCGCAGGAAGAGCCACAUCCCAGAGGAGUUCGCGGGCCUCCUUCAUGGAUCUUCUCCGGCGUGUGAAACGCCCGAUACGCCUUUCCAUCUUUACAGCCCCAAACCCCGAAAACAUGCCUCCGCCGACCUCCAGAGCGGCCUGGCGCCGACCCCGGAGUCCGGCGUCGUGAUCGGAGGCGGAGCCGCCCAGAACUCCCCCGAGAGCGACUCGUCGCCCGAGAGGGCCGCGACCCAGCAGAAGCCCCAGGUGGUGUACCGGACUGUCUUCCACACGAGGGUCAACCAGGACCAGGCGCCGCCCGGGGGCCGCGAGCAGGGAGAUCCAGCGUGUGGCUGGUCCACGCUGGGCCCCCACCCCCCCUCCCCCUCCUCCUCCUCCUGCUCCCCUGGGCAAAACGGCGACACUCCAGAGUUGCGGGGGCUCCAGACGGGAGUCGCGCCCAAGGGCGAGGAGAGGGCCUGCACCCUGGGGAGGAUGAGGUCCGUGCCCCGCGGCGUGCUGGACCCGCAGCUCACCAAGUCUCUGUCCAAGUCCGACUCCAACCUGGUCGCCGUGUCUCCCAUUCAGGAGGAGCACGGCUGGGGGUCCGGAUCUCGGGGCCCGGGGCCGGGCAGUCCCAGCCCCCCAGGAGAGGCUGCCAGCCCGGGGGGGAGACUGGAGAGAACGCCCUCCUUCACCGCCGAGUGGGAAGAGAUCGACAAGAUCAUGAGCUCCAUUGGUGCAGGAAUCGGCAGUGGGUUGGACAUCGAGGAGGACGCCGCAGGUCCCCGCUGCCCCAUGCAGUCCGUGGGCCAGUGGCUCGACUCCAUCGGGCUGGUCCAGUACGAGAACCACCUGCUGGCCAAUGGGUUUGACAACGUGCAGUUCAUGGGCAGCAAUGUGGUGGAAGAUCAGGACCUGCUGGAGAUCGGGAUCCUCAACUCGGCCCACAGACAGCGCCUCCUUCAGGCCAUCCGGCUGCUGCCCAGGGUGAGACCCGUCGGCUACGAUGGCAACAACCCCACGUCGGUGGCCGAGUGGCUGGAGUCGCUGGAGCUCGGCGACUACACCAAGUCGUUCCUCGUCAACGGCUACACGUCCAUGGAGCUGGUGAAGAAGAUCUGGGAGAUCGAGCUCAUCAACGUCUUGAAGAUCAGCCUCAUCGGACACAGGAAGCGGAUCUUGGCCUCAUUGGGGGACCGGCUCCACGAAGACACCCCACAGAAGCCUCCGCGGGCCGUCUCCCUCAGGGAGCCCGGCGGGAACCACACGCCCCCCCAGCUCAGCCCGUCGGUGGGCCAGCAGGCGUACACGGCGGGGGUCCCGGGCGGCUCUCUGGACGUGCAGCACCUCAUCAUGCAGGCGGACGCCCGGCGCAGGCAGCGCGGCAACGACAACUACUUCGAGGACGUGCCGCGGUCCAAGCUGGAGCGACAGAUGGCCCAAGUCAGCAUGGCCGGCGAAUGGUGCGAGCCGAUCACGUUGCGCCCGCCCAACGAGGCCACCUCGUCCACCCCGGUGCAGUACUGGCAGCAUCACCCCGAGAAGCUCAUCUUUCAGUCCUGCGACUACGAAGCUUACUACCUGGGCUCCAUGCUGGUGAAGGAGCUGAGAGGCACCGAGUCCACGCAAGACGCCUGUGCCAAAAUGAGGAAGUCGACCGAGCAGAUGAAGAAGGUGCCGACCAUCGUGCUCUCCGUGUCCUACAAGGGAGUGAAGUUCAUCGACGCCACGAAUAAGAACAUCAUUGCUGAGCAUGAGAUCCGUAACAUCUCGUGCGCGGCUCAGGACCCGGAGGACCUGUCGACCUUCGCCUACAUCACCAAAGACCUCAAGUCCAGUCACCACUACUGCCACGUGUUCACGGCCUUCGACGUGAACCUGGCGUACGAGAUCAUCCUGACCCUGGGCCAGGCCUUCGAGGUGGCCUACCAGCUGGCCCUGCAGGCCCGGAAGAGCGGCCACGGCUCGUCCACGCUGCCCGAGAGCUUCGACAGCAAGCCCAGCAAACCCGUCCCCAAGCCACGCGUCAACAUCCGCAAAUCUGUCAUCAUGCCCCCCGUCAGCCGCUGGUCACUGGGCCACACUUACACCCCUCACCGGCCUCCUCUCCACCCUCCUCUUCCUCCCCCUCGACUCUUCCAUCUUCCUCACUCAGCUCAGUCACAGGUCCUCCACCUCCUUUUUUUUUCCUCCUUCUCUUAUCCUUUUAUUUUCCCACGUUGAAAAAAGCGCCGUCUGUAAGUGCUUCCAUUUUAUUCUGUCGCUUCUCUCUCCACUCACUCCUCUGCAUCCCUGCAUCCCGGUGUGGUCCGUGUGUAUGUGUGUGUGUGUGUGUGUGUGUCUUCACUUGUUACCUCUAACUCCGUAUCAACAGCAUGAGAAUUAAAUGCUUGAGCGAGUCCUGCACAGCCGAGUCAUUUCAGGACUUUACGGCUUAUAAAACGAGCAGAAAUCCUCCUCGCUGCCCCGAUCCGGCCCCCGGACGGGGAGGCGGGGCCUCCUUAAAGAUGGUAAACAAAGUUUAAAUAUAGCAGCUAGCUUUAAAACGACCUGAAUGAUUCAUUAAAACACACUUAGGGUUUUAAAACCUCAAUUAAAUGCUUCAAAUUAGCUUUUUUCAGCUGGGAUGUGUGUUUUUCGUUAUAUCCCUGCAGCAUUACUCCCUGUUCUCAAGCUUGGACCCUUCAGAAGAACCCCCCCCCCCCCCACACACACACACACACACACACACAAAAUAAAAUAAGGUGUUCAUAUAAAAGUUAUUGUGAGUCUGGAGAUGCUCUGAACGACUUCAUCGAACUUCUGGGAAUCGAAAGUGUGUUUGUUCCUCAUAACUCGAUUAUAAGGUCUUGCUGUGGUCGAGUGUGUGUGUGUGCGCGUUGGGGUGUGUGUGUGUGUGUGUGUGUGUGUGAGAGAGAGAGAGGGAGAGAGAGAGGAUGGUAUUAACACGGUAGUGUUGUGUGUUGAGAUGAGAGGAACACGGCUCUCUUGGUGUGUUGCAAGACGCUGAGAAUAAGCCAGUUUAAUCCAGAAGUAGGUCUUUAUAAUAUAUAGUAUAUAAUAUAUAAAUAUUUUAAAUAGUUAUAUUUCUUAUAUUUGCUCACAUCCAUAAUUAGAGUUGAAGCCGCCGCUCUCACGGUGGCGUCUCCCCUCCCCCGAAUCACCUGGAAAUCAACCAAUAGCUCGGAGGAGAAUCUUCCCCCGGCAACGAAACCGAGCCGCUCGAUUGGCUGACGUGGGUUUUUUUUUUAACCAGUGUGUGUGGCUUGUUUGGUUUAUUUUGCAGCUCUGAAGCCACGAUAGCGGUCGCGGCGGCGCUACGACGGACAGGAAGUGAUUGCAGUUGCAGAGUGUAAAAAAAAAUUCUAAAUAAAAUGUCAGCCGGGUUUUUAAUGUGCGCUUUUCUGUCCACGGUCUGCGACUCACGUUGUGACUUAUUAUGUUUCAUCACAUUUACAUUUCGACAGCCGCGCCGCAUCUCCUCCCAUCCUCCCGCCGUCUCGCUCUCUCACUCUAUUAGCAUUAGCUUGUACCUGAAAAAGGGCGGUGUGCAAAAUGACUUUUUAAAAAACAGCUGUUUGCGUUCCGAAUGUCUCGCGAUGAAAGUUUUGCAUCCGGCGUCUAAAGAAAUACUAAAUAAUGAAUGUAUGAAAUCGUUGAAAGUAAUCGGGCUCCUCCUCCUCCGUCUCCUCCCCCUCUCCACCCC